AUGGAGACGGCGCGCGACUGGGAGCACCGCUGCCAGCAGCAGCAAGACGAAAUCCGCUUGCUCAAGCAGCAGAUCUCGCGCCUCGAGCAGCGAUUGCACGGCAGCAACGAGAACGCGGUGGCCAAUGGCCAAGACACAACGUCCGAUGACAGUGGCCUCGAGAGCUUCUCGACGCGGCGCGAGCACGAGCACCAGCUACUGGAGCGGGCGAGCGCACUCGUGGCGCGGCAAAAGACCGACUUGAAGGCCCAAGCGCAGAAGCUCAAGCACGAAAAGGAGACGUGGCGGCUCGAACAUGCUCGGGGUCGAAGCGCCGCUGUCGUCAGCGAGAUGAAGCGUGUGCUGGAUACGAGUGUGCAAUCGCUGAACCGCAACAUGCGCCAGCUGCGAGCGACCGAGGACCGCAUCCUUGCCCAGCGACGCCAGAUACACGACCUUCCUACGUCGUCCGAGCUGUCCAACGAAGGGAGCAGCGUCUCGAGUGUUCUUUCGUCGCUCGCCGAUUCUCAGAGCUCGUGUCACGACGACAUUGGUAGCGAGAGUAGCGAGUGCGAGUCGGAGGCGCCGUCGCUGCUGGACGAGCUCCAUCGACUUCACAACGACCUCGCACGGGAUGAGUCCCCGAGCUUUUCGCCCGUGCACGACGACUGGCAGUCGCCGCCCAUGGCCGAGACGAGGCACCUCCACGACCCUUACGUCGGCUUAGUCGACCCACUGCACCGGCGACCGCCACGUGCGAUGCGGCCGUUUGCGCCCACGGACCGACGACAAAUGAACGAGCAGUGGCAGUGCGCUUCGAUCUACGACAAGCAGAUUACGAGCUGGGCCAUCGGACGGCACAAGGUGCAAGUCGCUGCGCAGCAGCACGCCACGUGGCUCAAUUCGUUGUGCCAAGAGCUCGAAGCCUACUCGACUGUGCGAUCGCAGCCGCGAAGAGCCAUGCUCGAGGAGCUGUAG